AUGUCUCUCGACCCAGAGAAACCCAAAAAGGCACCCCGCAAACAUGUCACCACCGCCUGUGUUCCAUGUCGGGAGAGCAAAAUCAGGUGUGAUGGGGCCACUCCGCACUGCCAGAAUUGUCAGCGCAAGGGGAAAGAAUGCAAAUACCAACUUGGAGACGACAAGCGCAAAGUGUCUCUUCGUGCAUCGACCGAGUUGUUCUCGGCCCGAAUUGACCAACUUUGCUAUUUCAUCAAGGCGCAGGGGCUAGAGCCACCGAUGAUGAACCCAGAGGAUGAGGCUGGCAUGAACAGGGUUUUGGAUACCCUCAAGAUCCCACGCGGAUUCCCUCGAGUCUCGGCAGUGACCGACGAAAAGAGACCACCGAGUGAGCUAGCGGCUUCCAGGAUCUCAAGCAAAUCCCCGUCCCAAGAUCCGCCUGCUGUGAAUCCCAAGGGACAAAUACCGAUCACCAAUUUGGAUACUUCCGGUGCAUCUCCAGCGCAUGAAACUGCCUGUAGUGGAAAGGCCCCGUCGCCUGAAGGUUGGAAUCCUUUCGGGGCAGUAUCAGGUACUUCAGACAAUCAAAGCUUCGUCCAUUGGGGCUUCACUUUGCCAACAGCCGAAAGUCUGGACACGAUUUACGCCAAUCUCAACGGAGCGCCAAGAGCCCCUGUAACGCCUAAAAUGGUCGUCAAUGCAGAUUUGAGUCCAGAUAGCUACCAUCUUGGCCCGGACAUGGUCCAACAGCCGGGGGCUUUGCUAGGUCAGCUACCCCAUGACGGAGAGAACGAUUCGGACAGCGGCGAAGAAGACGAGGCUGAAAAUGAUGUGAUUGAGCAAUUAUCGAACAGAAUUGGUACUUUGAAAAUUGCGGGCGAUGGCCAUCUGCGAUUCUUCGGUGCCACGUCCAACCUCAAUCUGGUGGACGUGUCUGCCACACAGCAGCGGCAGCGACCAGACGCGCGGACUGUGCGCCACGACGGUCAGGACAUUCUGAACCACCUCCGGGUUGGUCAACCUGUUGAUCAAGUCCUGGAAGAUCAUCUUGUAGAGCUAUUUUUCACCUGGCAAAACCCCAGUACAUACAUUGUCGACAAAGGGAUGUUCAUAUCGGCACGAGAUAAAUGGCGCAACGAAUUGGACGAUACUCCGUUCUACUCCGAGGUUUUAACGAAUGCAAUGUGUGCGAUCGGAAGUGCCUUUGAGGCACGCUAUCACCCCACAUUCAUCACUUUUCCCAAGUCUCUCUCCGAAUUCUUCGCAGAUCGUGCUAAAGCCCUUCUGGAAAUUGAACUGGAUUCUCCUUGUGUUGCUACUGUCCAGGCCCUUGUCAUUUUGAGCAGCCAUGAAGGCGCAUCAAAUCGGGAUGCUCGAGGUUGGCUGUAUAGCGGAAUGUCUAUGCGGCUCGCUUUCGAUCUUGGUUUACACCUAGACAUGACGACAUACAUCAAGAAGGGCGAAAUCACCCAGCUUGAGGCUGAUGUACGCCGUGCAACCUUUUGGGGAAGCUAUGUCGCAGACCAUUUCUGGGGCUUCUACUUGGGCCGCCCCUUUCGCAUGAACGCUGGAGACAUAGGUGUUUCAAAGCCUGGCUCAGCUCUUUGUCCCGAAACGGAAGAAAACUGGCAUCCAUACGGCCAUCCAGCUGCUCAUGUGCGAUAUCAAAACGGUUUGCGGAAUCCCAUGGAGCUUAUAUGCAGGCAAUUCGUCGUUCUCUGGGAGAUGAUCUCCCCAGUUGGUCAUAUUCUGUAUGGAUGUUCCGACAUCUCUCGACACGACUUGCAAAGGAUCACUUAUCAAGUGACGGAAGACUUGUUCGCCUGGAAGGCAAAUCUUCCUUCCAGCCUUCAAAUUGAUUUGGACGACGAUACAUCACCCAUAUUGCCUCAUUUGAUGAUGCUCCACAUGCAAUACCAUCAAAUCAUCAUAUUCUUCCACCGUCCAUGGCUCUCCAAGAGCUAUAUCCAGCCCCGCAGCCCUCGUCAAGGUCCCGGGUAUCACCAUGCGCGCCGAAUGUGCGUGGAGUCAGCCACCGCCGUCGCACGGCUACUCCAACUCUUCGAGAAACACUAUACCUUCCGCCGGAUGAACAACCAAGUGGUAGCGAUCAUUUUCAGCGCAGCUCUCAUGCUUCUUUUCGUGACAGUAUCCAGCUCUCCAAUGAGUCCAGGCAAGCAGGAUGGCAGCCCCACACACCCUCGCAGCACGGAAAUGGUUGCAUACCUCAAUCUGUGCUUCCGCGCUCUCGAUGAACUGGGCCAAUCAUUUGACAAUGCAAAGCGCACCAGAGACUACCUUGUCACCCUCCAGCGACGUUGGCAGGCAAAUAUGCGCCGAUCAGGCUCCGCAACGAAACGCCAGAACAGCAGUGUUAACUUAGCGUCACUGGGCUCGCAGAAGCCAUUCAUACAGCAUCCCCGGGCUAACAAUGCUCACGGUGUAGAUGGCUCGCGAAAAAAAUCCCGCUUGUCUGCUUCUGGGAUCCCUCUCAAUAUGCAAUCGGCACCUGUGACGACGAACCAAUAUUCCCACCUCUCUUACAACACCCUACCUCCUCAUCAUCAAUAUCACCAGCAAAGCUCUUAUCAACAACAAGCCUCCAUUUCAGUCCCAGCUCCUGAUUUGCAGCUAAAUGAUCUAGACUGGAUGCCCAACUCAGACAUGCCUCUUUUGUCUGAGACUCAAAAUGGCAACGCACUGAAUGGCAUAGGCCAGAUUCCUUCUCCUCCCUUUCCCGAGGACCCCAGCAUGCUUUCAGAUCUUACGGACAUUGAUGGAUGGUGGGCAUCGGGAAAUUACACUAGGACCUCACUAUCAGGUGCCUAG